AUGGCCGACGCAGCCUUCUCAGCAACGGGGCUCGAUCCAACCGCCAUCCCAGCCCCUCCCUCUUCUUCACCACCACAACCACAACCACCCCCAACCCCCUUCCAGCACCCCCCACCCUUCCACCUCUCCCUCAACCCAGACCAACCCACCACCAUCCUCCUCCUCCACGGCCUCCUCUCCUCCCACUUCGAAUACGCCCACGUCACGCCCCUCCUCUCCAACUACCACCUCCUCCUCGUCGACCUCCCCGGCCACUCGCGCUCCUUCCACCCCAACACCCCACCCCACCCGCAAAACUACCACAUCCCCGCUCUCGCCGACACCCUGGCCCCCCUCAUCCGCACCCACGCCCACCACGGCCGCGCGCACGUGGUCGGCCUCUCCAUGGGCGGCUUCGUGGCGCUGGACCUCGCGCGGCGGUUCCCCGAGCUGUGCGCCAGCGUGUGGGUGACGGGGGCGGCGCCGCUGGGCGGGUGGCGGGGGUGGUUCGCGGCGCGGCCGUGGUGGGUGGGAAGGAUGAUGGGCGUGGUGGGAGCGCUGCCGGAUGCGGUGUAUGAGUGGCUGGGCGGGCGGCAGGGGAUGAGGGGUCAUCGGGAGCUGAGGGGGGAGGAUGAUGGGAGAAUGGGGCAAGGGGGGAGGUGGUUUGAGGGGGGCGGUGUCGACGCCAUGGCCCGGGCAAUUGCGGUUGAUAUAGCAGCCCCAAACAUUGACCGGGUCGUUGGGGCAAGGAUAGCCGUUGGGUAUGGCCUGGCCCUGCGCUGGCGUGCCGCCGUACCUAUCAGCGCAGACGUUGUGGUCAAGGCAAAUGCACACUCCGUCAUUCCAAAUGCGGGAGCAAGGCCCACCCACGGCGGCGAGGAUGGGUGCUGGCAGGGAGAGGACGGCGAGAGUAGCAGUAAUAGCGCUGAGCUUCAUGAUUACCAACUGUACCGUGUACAGGUUUCACUGCAAAUAGGCAGGUAG